AAAAAUUGUGAGGAAAAUAUGUUCAAAAUUUCUAAUAUUUCCACAACUUAAUCAUACACAUAAGCCUCCGGAUAGCGUGCUUGACAAUGAUUAAGAUGAUCAUUGUGAAAAUCAAAGACAAUAGUAGUGUAAUGACAAAGGGAAGAGAACGAAGCUAUGGAAAAUUUACAAGGUUUUUGUGAGAUAAAACAAGAGCAUACGAGUGCCACAGUUACAGUUCAACCAAAUACUGAAACUUUUAUAAUCAAUCCUGAUUUAAUACAGACUAAUAUUGAAGAUACUAAAUAUGAACAAGACAAUUGUUUCGCAGAAUCUGUAUUUAACAUUACAUAUGUAUCAGAAUGUUAUUCGACAGAAACACAAGUUUCUCACACUGGGGAUUCGCCAAAGCUCAUAAAGUUUGAGAAGGAAAUUGACGAAAUCGUUACGGAAAUUGCUGUUGAGAUUGGUACAAACAAAUCCAGUACUAAAUGUAAAACUUGCUUGAAAGAGUUUUCAAAUGUUAGUAAUUUAAGAAGGCACAUGAACACUCAUAAUGAAAAAUCAAGUGAUGGUAAGAAAUUUAAGUGCGAGAUCUGCGGAAGAAUUUUUGAAAAGAGAUACCAAUUUGUAAAACACAAAAAAUCUCACAUCGGUGACGUUGUUAGAGAUGAUAAACAGUUAAAAUAUAAAUGUGGAGUAUGUGGGAAACAGGAGUCGAAUAAGAGAGAGUUUGAAGAUCACAUGAGAGUACAUACAGGCGAACGACCUUUUCAGUGUGACGUGUGUGAUCUCGCCUUCAAACAGAGGGGUCAUCUCAGACGACACAGUCGUGUUCACACUGGAGAAUAUUUACACGAAGGAAGUUUUAUACAAUGUGAUGUAUGUGGCCGAAAUUUUGGCCAAAAUCAUCAGCUAGUUCGUCAUAUGAAAUGCCACUACCCAGCUAAGAAAGAAUUUAAAUGUGACCUUUGUUCAAAAGAGUUUACCGAAAAGCAUCAUCUCGUACGACACGUUCGCCUACAUACUGGUGAAAAACCUUACGCGUGUGAAUUUUGUGGGCGUUGUUUUACUACUGACACUGGUUUGACUAUUCACCGUAGACUUCAUACCAACGAAAAACCUUACGCGUGUAGUUUGUGUGACAAAGCAUAUAUGCAAUCGACAGCAUUGAAGCUACACAUGCUUGUGCAUUCUGGGGAACCUCGUUAUACGUGUACAGAAUGCGGAGAGAAAUUUGAUAAACCAAGCCAUCUUAAAAACCACAAGCAUUGAAUUUUCAAAUAGUGCAUAUACACGGGCAUAUCAAUUAUAUGUUUUCUGUCGGAUUCUGAUAUUUGGUAUUUUCGUUGGUGACUCAGUAAUGCUUUUAAUUAUGGUCGUUUUGAUUUUAAGUAUUUCGGUACUUCUGCUUUCUGUAAAAGACCGGAUUUCACUUAAAGUAUUGAUGGAAAAAUCUUCAGUAUUCGUUUUUCAAUAAAACAAUUUAUAUUUC